AUGAAUGGUGUUUCGAGUAGAACUCGGAGUAAGAAUGUUCCGCUCUUCGGUAGUAUUCCAUUUCAUGGGUCAUGUGCGUGUUCGUUGAAAACUAAGCGUAGAAAAAGUGAUAUGGGUUUGAGCUCUAAAAAAAGAAAGACAAAUAAAGAGCCUUUUGUGUUGCAUGGACAUGUUGAUGUUAUUUUCAUUGACAGUGACGAGGAAGGAGAUCAAGAGUCGUUGAAAUAUUGUGAUAAGAAAUUUUCUGAGGCUAGUGUGGAACAAGUUGAUAAUGGUGAUGUGGAUGGGUUGGAGGAUUGUGAAAGAAACAACUUUGAGGUUGACGACAUUGAUGUUAAAAAUGAGGAACAAAGUGGAGAUAUUGUUGAUAAUGGUGGUCAAGGAGGGUUGGAGGAUUGUGAAAAAAACGGUUUAGAGGGUUGUGUUGGUGUUAAGAAUGAAGUAGAGAGUGAGGAAAAUGGAGGAAUGGGUGAGUUAGCUGAAAAAGAUGAAAUCUUUGACGAUGAAAAGCGUGGUUUGAUAUCUGAUGGUGUUUCGAGUCGUACUCGGAGCAAGAAUGUUACGCUUUUCGGUAGUAUUCCAUUUCAUGGGUCAUGUUCGUGUUCGAUGAAAUCUAAGCGUAGAAAACGUGAUAUGGGUUUGAGCUCUAAAAAAAGGAAGCCAAGUGAAGAGCCUUUUGUGUUGCAUGAACAAGAUAAUGUUAUUUUUAUGGAUAGGGAUGAGGAAGGAGAUGAGAAGUGGUUGAAAUCUUCUGAUAAGAAAUUUUCUGAGGCUUGUCUUGAACAAGUUGAUAAUGGUGAUGAUGGUGAUUUGGAAGGAUUGGAAGAUUGUGAAAGAAACAAGUUUGAGGGUAGUGAUGGUGAUGCUGGUGAAGUUGGAGAUGAGGAUUGGUUGGGGUAUUUGGAUAAGAAUAAAUUUGAUGGUGGCGUUGGUGUUAAAAAUGAGGAACAAAAUGGAGAUAUUGUUGAUAAUGUUGGUGAAGGAGGGUUGGAAGAUUGUGAAAUAAGCCGUUUAGAGGGUUGUGUGGGUGUUGAAAAUGAAGUAGAGAGCGAGAAAAAUGGAGGAAUUGGUGGUGAUUUAGUUGAAAAAGAUGAGAUCUUUGAUGAUGAAAAGUGUGGGUUGAUAUCUGAUAACAUGAUUAUAGAUUCCCAUGAUGAUGGUGAUGAUGAAGGAGGGUUGAAAGAUUGCGAAAAUAAUAGUGUUGAGGGUUGUGUUGGUGUUGAAAAUGAAGUAGAGAUCGAGAAAAAUGAAGGAAUUGGUGACUUAGUUGAAAAAGAUGAAAACUUUGACGAUAAAAAGUGUGGCUUGACAUCUGAAAACCCCAUUAUAGAUUCUGAUGAUGAUGAUGAUGAUGAUGAAGAUGAAUCUGAUGAUGAUGAUGAUGAAUCUGAUGAUGAUGAUGAUGAUGAUGGUGAUGAAGAUGAUGAAAGUGAAGAAAUAGAGAUUAGUGAUGAAGAAUUUCAAGUUGGUGAGGUGAAUGAAGUUUCUGACAGUGAUGAUAGCAGUUCUUAUGCUGUUGAUGAUGAUAAUGGUGACGAGAAAGAAGCGAAGAAAAAGGGUUGGGAGGAGAAUGAGGAGGAGAAGAACAUGGAUUGGGAGGAGGAGGUGGUGGCAGAGGAGAAAGAGGUAGUGGACUUGAAAAUGGUUUGGCAAGAACAUGACAAUGGGCUGGAAGAGAUGGUGAGAGAGGCCAAGGGUUAUUUUGUUCCGAAUGAUGAAUUGGAGCAUGCAGACGACGAUAAUGUAAGAACCUCUAACGUCUUAAAGAAAAAGGGUUCUUUUGUUCCAAUGGAGGCUCCUUCUUCUUCUAAAUUGCAUCAAGCAUUAGAGACACCGAUGAUGAAAGUGAAAAAUGUGUCUGGUGAUGAUGAUAAUGUAUAUGUUGGCAAAACCAGGUCCAAGUCCAAAUUCAAAGCCAAAGAAAGUGUGAUUAUUGAUGAAGAAAAAAUGCAAUAUGUUCAAGGUUUAGGUGUUGAUGAUGAAAGUGGUUCUUCUAUUCAAACAAAACAGAAGGAGAUGAAGAGUUCAGAGAAACAGAAAAUCACAGAGAUGAAGGGAAGGGAUUAUAAAAGUAGAGCUAAUGCCGGUAGUGGCGAGAAGAAGGAAUCCAUGGAUAAAAAUGGUUUGAAUCAGAGGGGAAAAAGCACAGUUUUUAGGCCGAAGGAGUUGCGUUUAGUGGAACUCCUUGCUGAAUACUAUUGGGGAAACAAGAAUAAUAAAACUCAGAAUGAUUCACCUGUGUUGGAGAUGAAAGAUGUUAUUCGGCAUGAUAAACAUCCACCACCGAUUUGUAACGAGACAGCUCCAUUGAUAUGGAGCCUUAAAAAGGUGGAGAAAGUGCAAAAGACCAAGAACGAGGAGGAGGAGGAAGUACUAUGGGAUCAAAUAGAGACAACCCUUAGAGAACUUGAAGCUGAAUCCAUGAUUGGACAUUUGGGGAACAAUGAAGCUGCUCAGGAAAAGAUUGGAAGUCCAUUCUCAGACUGUGAACAUGACAUCUAUCUCGACGAAGAGAUUGGUGUAUAUUGCAGGCGGUGUGGUUGGGUUGUCACUGAUAUUAAAGAUGUCUCACCACAAGUGGUUGAUAAAUUUCCCUAUGAAGGUUCGGGACAAAGGGCUUCGUUUGGUGAUGCAAAUGUCUCACAUUUUCACGACUCGCAGUUCAGUGUUUCUGAUCAUGACUCGGGGACUACUUUCUCUCACGAUGAAAGAACAGUUUGGGACCUAAUUCCUGAUGUAAAACAGACCUUAUAUUCUCACCAACAAGAAGGUUUUGAGUUCAUUUGGAAUAAGUUAGUAGGAAACAUCGAGCUUCAAGGGCUAAAGAACGCCAAUCUUCAAAGGGAGGGUGGUUGCAUUAUUUCUCAUGCUCCUGGAACUGGAAAGACAAAGCUGACAAUAAUGUUUCUCAAGGCUUAUUUAAAAGUUUUUCCAAAAUGCUUGCCGGUCAUUGUGGCUCCUGCUGGUUUGUUGCUUACUUGGGAAGACGAAUUCAAAAAAUGGGACAUAGGUGUUCCAUUUCACAAUUUGAACAAUCUUGAGUUAUCUGUUAAAGAACAUGAUGAUGUUGUAAAUGCAACUAACUGGUCUAAUACACGGCGGCAUAGUACGGACGAGACACGAAUGGCUAAACUGGUUUCAUGGUUCAAAGAAACGAGCAUCCUAGGAAUCAGUUACAGUUUGUUCAAGGAGCUAGCAGGUGGAGAAGGUGAAUGCAAAGAUAAGAAAAAGAAAAAACAGAAGAGAAAAGAAAACAGUUAUAUGAGAAAGGCUUUGCUUGAAGCUCCUGGUUUGUUGGUUCUAGAUGAAGGACAUACUCCAAGAAACGCAAGAAGUCGUGUUUGGAAGGUGUUGUCAAAAAUUCAAACAAAGAAGCGAAUUAUGCUUUCUGGAACUCCUUUCCAGAAUAAUUUCUUGGAAUUGUACAACACUUUCAGCAUAGUGAAGCCUUCUUUUCCUAACACGAUACCGCCCAAGCUGAAAAAGUUUUGCCAGAAACGUAAGAGAGCAGCAACAGAAUGGAGUUGGGAACCGGUUACUGGAAACAGUACAUCACGAAACCCUUCUAAUGAUAAGAUCAAGCAUUUGAAGUUGCUAAUGGAUCCCUUUGUUCAUGUUUACAAAGGCGCUAUUCUUCAAAAGAAGCUUCCCGGGUUAAGAGAUUGCGUGCUUCGUUUGUGGCCGGGUAGUUUUCAGAAACAAAUUCUUGAGUGCAUUAAAAGUUCUCAGAACAUAUUGCACUUUCAGCAUAAGCUGAUACUGGCAUCGGUCCAUCCGGCUCUAUUCCUCGAAUGCAAACUUUUGGAAGAAGAAGAAUCUGUUGUCGACAAGGAACAGCUUGAAAAACUUAGAUUGGAUCCAUAUGUCGGUGUCAAAACAAAAUUUUUGGUGGAGCUUGUAAAUCUUUGUGUUGCUGUUAAUGAAAAAGUUCUUGUCUUUAGCCAAUUCAUCCCCCCUUUACGCUUAAUUGUUGAGCAAUUAAACUCAAUCUUCAAUUGGGCCGAGGGGAAGGAAAUACUCUACAUGGAUGGCACGACUGAUCUGAAGGAAAAGCAGUCUUUAAUCCAUAACUUCAAUGAUGCAAACGGCCAAGCUAAGAUUCUACUUGCAUGUACGAAAGCUUGUUCCGAGGGAAUUAGCUUAGUUGGAGCCUCAAGGGUUGUGCUACUUGAUGUUGUAUGGAAUCCUUCUGUCGAGCGACAGGCUAUCAGUAGAGCAUAUAGGAUUGGACAAAAGAGAGUUGUGUACACGUACCAUCUGCUAACGCACGAGACUUUCGAGUGCGUCAAAUAUUUUAAACAGGCUGAAAAGGACCGGUUGUCUGAACUAGUAUUUUCAGAUAAUGACAAGGGCAAAAACCGUGCGGUGAACUUUGAAGAUGGUAUUCUUGAUCUAAUGCUUCAACACGAAAAACUUAAAGACAUGUUUUUUGAGUGUGUGGUACAGCCGAAGGAAAGAGAUUUGGUCGAGAGUUAUUAUUAUUGA